AACUCUUCCGCCUUUCCGCGCGCCGCCGCCGGAUUUUUCCCCCCCCCCGUGAGGGGCGAUGGUCGUGCCCGCGCUGGAAGGCCCCGCCCCCCCCGCUAUGGUGGCCGACGUGGUUUUCGUCAUCGAGGGAACCGCGAACCUCGGGCCGUACUUCGAGGCUUUGCGCAAACAUUACCUGCUGCCCGCCAUCGAGUAUUUCAAUGGCGGCCCCCCCGCGGAGACCGACUUCGGCGGGGACUUUGGGGGCACGCAGUACAGCCUGGUGGUUUUCAACACGGUGGAUUGCGCCCCCGAGUCGUACGUGCAGAGCCACGCGCCCACCAGCAGCGCCCACGAGUUCCUCACCUGGCUCGACAGCAUCCAGUUCGCGGGGGGCGGCGGCGAGAGCUGCAGUCUGAUCGCCGAGGGGCUCAGCACCGCCCUGCAGCUCUUCGACGACUUCAAGAAAAUGAGGGAGCAAAUAGGACAGACCCACAAGGUUUGUGUGCUGAUCUGUAACUCCCCCCCGUACCUGCUGCCCGCCGUGGAGAGCACCACCUACUCUGGCUACAGCACCGAGAGCCUCGUGCAGAGAAUCGCUGAGCGUGGGAUCCACUUCUCGGUGGUGGCUCCGCGGAAGCUUCCGGCGCUCCGGGCGCUGUUUGAGAAGGGAGCGCCCCCCGGGAGCCACGAGCCCCCCCAGGGCAAAGAGUGCGGGCAGGACCCCCGGCACAUGGUGCUGGUGCGGGGGGUGGCACUGCCAGGCACCAGCAGCGGCUCCCCGGCGCUGCCGCCCCCCAAGUCGGGCGGGGCCCCCCCCCCGCUGCCCCCCAGCGCCCCCCAACUGCCCCCGGCGCCCCCCCAGCCCCCCCCGCCCGGACCCCAAACAUACCAGGUGCCGCCCCCCGGCGCCCUGAACGCCGCUCAGGCCGCGGCUCAAUCCGCCGUGGAGGCCGCCAAGAACCAGAAGAGCCUCGCGGGGCGCUGUGAGUUUUGGGGGACCCCCCCCAAAAAUUGGGACCCCUCC